AUGGGUUUCAGCCUUGCAGGCCUUGCCGAACUAGAUGUAUCAGAUUCAUCAUCAUAUUCUACAUUACUACGAGACAAAUUCUUCUUUGAAAUACCUGCAGCACUCAAGGGAUUCGUCUUCCAGAUUACUGGAGGAAACGACAAGCAGGGUGGGCUUCUUUCCUACCGUGUUUGUCUGUUCUUGUCUGACGGUCACUCACCGGAAGGGAGCGAAAAGUCCGUUUGUGGAUGCCAUGUUGAACUUGGUCAUUGUGAAGCAGGGAGAAGCUGGUGCGUACACUUUCUCUUUGUUUCUACUUGCAUUAACGCGAAAACAGAAAUCCCCGGCCUCACUGACGCCAUCCUCCCCAACCGUCUUGGUCUCAAGGGAGCAAUGAAAAUCCGCAAGAUGGUCAACUUGUCCAGGAAGAAUGAUGUCCGCAAGUACGUUAUCCGUCAGGAGGUGAGGAGCGGGAAGAAGGAGAAUGCGAAGCCUUACACCAAGGCUCCAAGACCCAACCCCCAUUGUCACCUUCGCUCCGUUAAGCGUAGAAAAUUGGAGCACCGGAAGGAGCAGAAGUCUGAGUAUGAGUGA